CCGACGGCGUGCAUUAUACAUUAUACAUACGCACGGAUGACAAAUCCACCGUCGCGGUUUUCCGCUAUCUGUCCGUGGAUAAUCGUUAUCGCCACGUAUCGUGCAUUGACUUCUCCUGCCAACGUGUAAAUUAAUCAUGAUCCUGCUCGAGAUACACAACAGGAUACUCGAGGAAACGUUGGCGAACAAAAUCAAGAAUGCUCUGUCGGGGCAUAAGCAGGAGUCAACAGACAUCAUCAUAGCAGACUUUGAUGGUGUACUCUUUCAUAUUUCAAAUCUUAGUGGAGAUAAGGCAAAGCUUAGAAUUAGUAUCUUGCUCAAAUUUUAUAAACAGUUGCAAGAGCAUGGCGCAGACGAGUUGCUCAAACGAGAGUAUGGGUCUCACCUCAUCGCACCAGAGAGCGGUUACAAUGUAUCAGUUCUUAUAGACCUAGAAAAGUUACCGGAUGACUGGGAGGCAUUAGUGAGAAAGGUUGCCCUGUUAAAGAGGCAUUGCUUCGCCAGUGUUUUUGAAAAGUAUUUCGACUUCCAAGAGGAGUACUGUGAUUCUUCGGGCAGGCCAGGACAGAAGAGAGCUGUAAUUCAAUACCGAGACGAGGAAACUAUGUACGUGGAGGCUAAGAGCGACAGAGUCACAGUAGUAUUCAGUACAAUAUUUAAGGAUGAAGAUGAUAUGGUCAUUGGGAAACUGUUUCUUCAGGAGCUGAAGGAAGGCAGGCGUGCAAGUCACACCGCUCCGCAAGUCUUGUUCAAUCAUCGUGAGCCGCCAUUGGAGUUACAGGAUUCCGAGGCGGCGGUCGGAGAUUGCAUUGGAUACAUCACAUUCGUACUGUUUCCACGUCACACCAAUCGAGAGGCUCGCGAUAACACUAUUGACCUGAUACACAUGUUUAGGAAUUAUCUGCAUUAUCAUAUUAAGUGCAGUAAAGUUUAUAUUCAUUCGAGAAUGCGCACCAAAACGACGGACUUCCUCAAGGUGUUGAACAGAGCGAGAUCCCAAUCCAAAAACACUGAAAAGAAGACUAUCACGGGACGAACAUUCAUCAGGAAAGAAUGAACGUGCUAUAAGCGCGAAAGUAUUAACACUUCAAUAGAUGAGAGAGGAAAGGAUUAUUGCGCGGCUAGUGCGGUCGGGAACAUCCUACGAGCGAGAUUCCCUGCGAAGGCAUUCUUCGACUCGCGCGUUAUCGGCGAGUGCUAUUGGACCUUUGAGUUUCAACCUGUUUCUCGAGCAGUGCCCUGUAUUUCGGAAAAACGUAGUGCCGCGCUAUUAAAUGAAUAAGGGAGAAAAUGAAAAGGAGUAUCGGUUUUACACAGCGGAUUAGCACAAUUACGCCUCAAUUAUCCGGAAAGGGAUUAUUCGAGGACGCCGGAGUUGCAUCUGUGUGUCCGAUGGUUGACAGUUUACUACUAUUACGAAGAGUAUCGCGAAACGUUUUACCGAUUUUUACAGUGAUUUCCAAGGUUCAAGUACACUACCGCUACUUCUCGAGAAGUUUGAAUUCGUAUUACAAUGGUUGUUACUUCGAACAAUUUAUUAUACGUUAUGACAUUCUGAACUAAGUCUGGCGCUUUGGAUGCGAGUACAUCGAAUACAGAUUAGUAUAUGAUAAUAUGAUGAUAUCCCUCAGAUAAAAUCACGAAAUAUCCUUUAAAAGGACGUUUAAAAAUACAUUUGCACUCAGUUUAUUGAGUCUGUGAUUGUAUCUCGUCACGAGAACUUUUUGAGGCAACAUUAUUUCAAUUGGCAGAGAUAUAAUGACUAAAGUUUAAAAAAAUUUAAUAAAGGAGAGACAGUGAUAAACAACUUUUUACUUUUCGCAUUGUGCAUUUCAAUUCGAUGAAAGCAAAGAUUGUCAAGCGGACAAAUAUUGUUAAAUAGCGUAAUUGUUCCCUUUUUCGAUACUUUUAUCGUCUACCUAACGACUUAAAUACAUCCGAUUAUUGUGAGAGAUUAAAAAAAAAGAAUAAAACAACAUUAACAAUC